AGGUACCACCAGCAGCCGUUUAGCAGAAUCUUGGGUAGUCGGUUUCCAAGUGGUUGAUUCUCAGACACCUCAGGUUACACAUGCCAGCAGGGAGGAUGAGACAGUCAGACCGAGGAGCGGAGCUGGCCGACAAGGAGGGGACACUUUCCACAGUACCCAGCCCUGAGAAUGGCCUCUCUGGAAUCCUGAGGCUCCUCCUACAGGAGCUGAGUCUUUUCUACAGCCGAGAUGUGAAUGGCGUGUAUCUCUUGUAUGACCUCCUCCACUCGCCGUGGCUGCAGGCUCUGCUAAAGGUCUAUGACUGCCUUCAGAAGUUCAAAGAACGGAAACUGCUUCCCAUGACAACUCACGCACAGACCUUAUGCUGUGAGGUCUUGGAGCUACUACGCAAAGCCUCCAGUUCUCCUGAGAUCCAAGAGCUAAGACAAGUCCUCCAGGCUCCGCACUGCAAGGCUUUGCUCAGUGCCCAUGAUACAGUAGCUCAGAAGGACUUUGAGCCCCUUCUCCCCCCGCUGCCCGACAAUAUCCCUGACAGCGAAGAAGCCAUGAGGAUUGUUUGUUUGGUGAAAAACCAGCAGCCCCUGGGAGCUACCAUCAAGCGCCAUGAGCUAACGGGGGAUAUCCUGGUGGCCAGGGUCAUCCAUGGCGGGCUGGUGGAGAGGAGUGGGCUGCUGUACGCUGGGGACAAACUGGUGGAAGUUAAUGGUGUCUCCGUAGAGGGCCUGGACCCGGAGCAGGUGAUCCACAUCCUGGCAAUGUCUUGUGGUACGAUCAUGUUCAAGGUGGUGCCCGUGUCUGCCCCACCUGUGAGCAGCCAGAAGACGGUUCACGUGCGGGCCAUGAUUGAUUACUGGCCUCAGGAGGAUCCUGACAUCCCUUGCGCAGAUGCUGGGUUGCCUUUCCUGAAAGGAGACAUUCUACAGAUUGUGGACCAGAAUGAUGCCCUCUGGUGGCAGGCCCGGAAAAUCUCAGACCUUGCCAUCUGUGCCGGCCUAAUUCCUUCUAACCAACUCCUGAAGAGGAAGCAGCGGGAAUUCUGGUGGUCGCAGCCGUACCAGGCUCACACCUGCCUCAAGUCCACCCGACCAUUCUCUAUGGAAGAAGAGGAGAACAUGAGGAUUGACGAGACCUGUGUGGAAGCAGAUGAAGAAACCUUUGAAUCUGAGGAACUUGGAGAAGCUAAAGAGGAGUUUGUUGGCAAUGGACAGAAGUUCUUUAUUGCCGGUUUCCGCCGCAGCAUGCGCCUCUGCCGCAGGAAGUCGCACUUCAGCCGGCUGCACGCCAGCACCGGUUGUUCCUGCAGCAGCUACGGCGCACUGGGUGCCCCUUAUGAGGAGGUGGUGAGGUACCAGCGGCAGCCGGCAGACAAGCACCGCCUCAUUGUGCUCGUGGGACCUUCUGGAGUUGGAGUCAACGAGCUGAGGAGACAACUCAUCGGGCUUAAUCCCAGCUAUUUUCAAAGCGCUGUGCCGCAUACCACCCGUUCCCCAAAGAGUUACGAAAUGGACGGACGUGAGUAUCACUAUGUGUCAAGGGAAACUUUUGAAAGCCUCAUGUAUGGACACAGGAUGCUGGAGUAUGGUGAGUACAAAGGCCACCUGUACGGAACUAGCGUGAAUGCUGUACGUGCUGUCCUUGCUGAAGGAAAGAUCUGUGUCAUGGAUUUGGAGCCUCAGGACAUUCAGUUGGCUCGAACUCACGAACUGAAGCCCUAUGUCAUAUUUAUUAAGCCACCUAACAUGAGUUUCAUGAAGCAGUCUCGGAAAAAUGCUAAGAUUAUUACUGACUACUUUGUGGACGUGAAGUUCAAGGAUGAAGACCUACAAGAGAUGGAGGAUUUAGCCCAAAAAAUGGAGAGUCAGUUUGGCCAGUUUUUUGAUCACGUGAUUGUGAAUGACAACUUGCAAGAUGCAUGUGCCCAGCUGUUGUCUGCCGUACAGAAGGCUCAGGAAGAACUGCAGUGGGUGCCAGAGGAAUGGAUUUCUCCUGGCACUGAGUCUUAAUCACGUCCUAAAGAACCAGUUCAGCAGCUGCAAUUGGAAACAGCAGUGUCUGACCCACUAGAAACUGCAACUGUUGCCUUGUUGGAGGGGGGCCGCUUGUUCAUUUCCCCGCUGCUCGGCAGCUCAGACCCAAAAUAACCACACAGAAACCUUAUUAUUUAAAUCACAGCGUGGCCCAUUAGCUCUAGCUUCUUAUUGGCUAAGUCUUACAUCUAUAUUUAACCCAUUUCUAGUAAUCUGUGUAUCACCACAAUGCUGUGGCUUGCCGGGAAAGUUCCGAGGUCUGUCUUCGGCUGGGCUACAUGGCUUCUCCUCUCUGCUUCCUUUCUCCAAGCAUUCAGUUUCGUUUUCCCGGCCUAGCUGUUCCCUGUGCAGGCCCAAGACAGUUUCCUUAUUAACAAAUGGUAUUCACAGCAUACAGAGGGGAAUCCCACAUCACUGCCGCUUAUUGUAUGGCUAUAGAUAGCAUUGUAUAAUUACAUGGAGCUAUUCAUUUGGCUCAGUCAAGUUUUUCCAUCGUUUCCCCGUAUGAGCUGACGGUAGGAACAUGAAUAAUGUAAGUCUCUAAAUGUGACAACAUUCAUGUGAGAAUUACAGAUUUCAUAUGGUGUUUGUGAGGUUUAGUUUUUGAAAGUUUCCUCUAAAUAAAUCAGACAAUAGUUAAUGGCUGAAACUGUAUUUUACUUUUAAGAUAUUUUGUCUUCUGUUUGUUUUUUACAAAAGUGCUUAGUUGACCAACUCAGCAAGAAUGGCU